GAGCGCCGGGCGCAGCGAAGGUAAACAUUCCUCUGGUCCGUCGAAGUGUCGCACCGCCGGGGCCUCGCUCGUAGAAUCUCCCGAGAGAAAUGAGAAGGAACAAGAGAGAGGCCGACUACAUGGGUAGAAAGAUCCAGGGAAUAUAAAGGAUUAGAAGGAACAAGAGAGAGGCCGACUACAUGGGUAGAGAGAUCCAGGGAAUAUAAAGGACAUCGUAGUCUAAAACGCAACACAAGAAGAGAGAAGGAGAAUCUAUGGGAUGUAGACAACAGAAUAGUCUAAAACCCAAUAACAGAAGAAAAACACAAUUUAAUUAAAGGAAAAAUCCCUAGCAGUGUAAAAACAAAACAGUCAACAACCUAAGAAAAGAAGAAGGAAGACUAUAUUGAUUACAGGAGCAGCUCAUCCACCACUUAACAUACAAGAUCAAGAAGUACAACACUCACAAUGUUUUCGAAACAUAGCGACUCCCCUGUGAGCUUCAAAUCAAGCUGGAAAACCGAACAACAGUUAGCUGAAGGAGGUACUCAAACAGAUGAGGUUGGGCAAGAAGAAGCAGAAUGUCAAGUUAUAAGCUUGAUUGAGACAGGUGUGCAAACAGAGGAGGAGGAACCUCCAAAUUUUGAUAAUCAGGAGUAUGAUGAAGCAUCACUUGCAGAAUUUUUACAAAGAAUAACUCCAAAAGUUAUACAAGAACUGGACAGACAGAACAGAAGCAGAGCCUUUGAUGGCUUUUUAUUAAUGAGGGAAGAAGAAACAUCACAAGUGAAGUUAUUACACACCCUACGGUGGAGCAACAGAGACACUGAGGGGCUUGUGAGUGGCAUUGACUGGAGUUGCACGGGGUCUGUAAUUGCAGUGGCCUAUGGAUGGAGUUCUCAUGAUGACUGGUGUGACCACAAGAGUGCUGUGGCAGUAUGGAAUAUUAACAGGAGUGACUUCGAUUCCAACCAACCCGAGAGAGUGAUAGAUGUAUCUUCAUGCGUUGCUUCCCUGGCUUUCCAUCCAACCAAUCCUGCUGUGUUUGCCAUAGGAACAUUCAAUGGGGAGGUGCUGGUAUAUGACCUUGUCCAUGUGGAAGAAGUAGUUCCAAUGGCCACUGGUGAAUGUGGUGGGGGGAGUGUGACCACACUUUUGUGGAUUGACAGUGCCAUUAGCAGAGUCUCAGCCACUAGGUCUUCCAGCACACUUGUUGCAACAACAAGCACAGGGUAUAUAUUGGAAUGGACACUAAAUAUAACAAAACAAGAACUCCAACUAAAAUCAGGGUUUAUGUUGCAAGGUCAAGAUGUACCACGCAGCAUAAGGACUCAGGUUGAUGAAUCAAGUGGAGUUGGGAUUGCUACUGCAUCCUUUAAUUCUGAAGAUAUAACACUUUUUGUUUUAGGAGCAGAAGUGGGCGGCAUGUUCCUCUGCUCAACAGCCCGUGAGGUAUGUUUUUCUAUCUUUCUUAAUUUCACCUUCCUUUUCUCAUCACUACAAGGACUCACAGGCGUACACCAAAAGACAGUGGGGGGCACUCCACUUUGCAAUAAUUAUAUAAUCUGAAAUUAUCUCCCUCUC